UUGAAAAUUAGCAAAAUUCCAAGUCUCAACAAAAAAAUAUUCAAGCAAGCAUAUAUUACUUAAUUUUAUAAAUAUAAAAUAUUUAAAUUGUUAAUUGUGAUUAAUCAAGUAAAUUAUGCAACACAAAUUAUGUCACUAUCAUCUUAAAUUCGUCAAGUAAAAUGAUGAAAUUAUUUGAGUGUUAAUAUCAUUCUAACCUUUGGAUACAUUUUUUUUUUGUUUAUUUAUAUUAUUAUUAUUAUUAAUUAUUAAAACAAUGAAUGUAAAUAUGAGCUGUAUGGUACUUAUGAGACUUCGUCCACAUCGAAUAAUAACAAAUACUCAAAAUUUAGAAAAAUAUUUAAGGCAUUUGAGCAAUCGUUUUUGUUAUAAUGUUGAUGAAAAAACAAAUUUUUAUUCAACUAAAAAAUUUAAUUCACCAGAAAAAAGACGACAAUUACGAGCUAAAAUAAUAAAUAAUAUUCGUGAAACUAAAAGCAAAGUUGAGAGUAUUAUUGAGAGAGAAAAUAUUUGGACAGUGCCAAAUUUUUUAAGUAUUGGAAGAAUAAUAACAACUCCUUGUUUGAGUUAUUUAAUUAUAUCACACGAUUACAAUGUAGCAUUGUGGGUCUUGGGUUUUGCUGGAAUGACUGAUUUAAUUGAUGGCUGGAUUGCAAGAACUUGGUCAUCACAAGCAUCAAAAUUAGGCAGUUUUUUAGAUCCAAUGGCUGAUAAAUUACUUGUUGGAACAUUAUUUCUUUCAUUGGCAUGGGUUGAACUUAUUCCAAUGUCUUUAACAUGUUUAGUUGUUAGUAGAGAUAUUGGACUUAUUGCUGGAGCAUCAUACAUACGAUACAGAUCACUACCUGAACCAAAAACAUUGGCUAGAUAUUUUGAUGCAACUCAUGCAACUGUACAAUUAGCUCCAACAUUUAUAAGUAAAUUAAAUACAGCAGUACAAUUAUCACUUGUUGCUGGUACAUUGGCAGCUCCAGUAUUUAAUUUUAUUGAUCAUCCAGUACUCAAUGGAUUGUGUUAUUUAACAGCAGCAACAACAAUUGCCGGUGGUGUCAGUUAUUUAUUAUCAAAAAAUACAUAUAAAUAUUUGACAAAAAAAAAAAAAACAAUUUGA